AUGGAAAAUAGAUACAUUUCCAGAAUCGAAACCAUUUCUUCUCAUUUGUUAUCAACAAAUGAUGUCUCCUCACAAAAUGAAAGUGAAUCAAUUACCUUUGUAAAACCAUUACCAAAGAAUAAAAAAGAUCACGACCAGUCCAUCGAAUCCGAUUCAUCAUUUACAAGAGAAAAACAAUUUGAAGAAGAAUUAGAUAUUUUAGGAGAGAUUAAUUCAAAGACAGGUUUAUUUGAAAUUAAACAAGUACCAUAUCAAUUAUCAUUUGAUCAAGGAUUUUUUCAUGCAUGUAGGGCAAUUGAAAUAUUAACAGAAAAAGAUCCAAAAAGAAUUAUAUGUUUAGGUAUUGCUGGCCCAGUUGGUGCUGGAAAAACAACAUUAGCUAAUAAAAUCGGUAGUCUUGUUAAUGGUGUUAUAAUUUCACUUCAAGAUUUCGUUAAACUUGAAAAUGUUAAAGAUAAUAAUUAUGAUGAUCCUGUAUUAAUUGAUUUUGAUAAAGUUAUUUCAACAUUAAAUGAAUUAAAAGAAAAUAAAACAGUUAUAAUUCCAAAGAUUGUAAAUAGAAAGAUGGAAAGUAGAAGUAUAUCAUUAUCAACAUCAAAAGUUAUUAUAUUAGAGGGUGCAUAUGCAUUGAGUGCACGUAUUAGACCACUAUUGGAUAUUAGUGUUGCAAUUACAGGUGGUGUACAUUUGGAUCUAAUAAAGAGUAUAAUGAGAGGUAUUGUUACGAGUGGUAAGAAUUCAAGUAAGGAUGUAUUGGCACAAAUUACCAAUGUUGUAUUUCCAAUGUUUAAAGCAUUUGUUGAACCAGAUUUAGAUCAAGCAAAGAUUAAAAUUCAUAGUAGUUUCAAUCCAAUGAGUCAAGUGGUUGAACCAGUUUACGUUUGUAAAGCCAAAUACGAUAAUAAUAAACAGUUUUUCGAUCAAUUCCUCUCAUCACUCAAUGUUGUACCAGUUAAAAAGAACUUUAGCGAUAUGUAUCUCUAUCCACCAAAAUAUGGUGUCGAUGGUAUCUCUCAAGCCGAUAAAAGAAAUUGGAUUAGAAUUCGUCGUUCUGAGCAUGGUCAAUUCAAUAUCACCUUCUACAAUGAAAUGAUGGAUGGUGCCGUCAAUACUCGUCCAUCUUUAAAUUUCGAAAUCUCUGUCAAAACUUUGGGUGGUCUACUCUCUUUAGGUUAUCAAAUUGGUGCUAUCCUCAAUCGUACCGUUGAGGUUUGGUAUGAUAAAAAUGGUGUUGUCAUCACUAAAGAAUAUAUCAAAGAAUUGGAGAAACAUUUCAUUCAAAUUAAAGGUCACUCUCGUAGAGAAGUAUUAGAUAGUGCUGAAAAAUUAAAAAUCACUGGUAAUCAUGUCCCUCAAACUUUUCUUUAUCUUUAUUUUAAAAAAUUAAAAAAAAGUAAAAAUCCAAAUUAUUCAAAAUUAAAACCAAAUAAUACAAAUUCAAAAAUUUUAAAAAAUAAUAAAGAUAAAAAAAAUUUAUAA